AUGAGAAGGGUAGGAGAGAGCAGCACAGGAGACAGAAAAGCCUUGAGGAGCGGCUUAAAGAGGCAGGGGAGUGCGGACGAAGACGACAUUGAAUCAAUAUUCUCUGGGAUAGGCUCUGCAAGAAUAAAUGAGCCCAAAGCUAAAAAAGAUGAUGAUGAGUCUAACGAAGAAAAGUAUUUUUCUGUUGGGAAGGAUGGGAGAAGAUAUCAUGAAGGCCUCCCUGUGUAUACAACUGAAGAGCUUCAUCUUGGGGAUGGUGGAGGGGAUACCGAGGACUGCCCGAUAUAUUGCGACUGCUGCCUGUAA